AUGUGGGAUAAAACCCCUAUCACCUUGAAAGCAACAGCUGGUCUCCGUUUACUGCCUGGUGAUCUAGCUGACGAUAUUCUAGAUGCAGUUGAGGAGGUUAUUGCUAAUAGCGGUUUCUUCGUUGUACCUGAUGCGGUCAGCAUUAUGAGUGGAUCAGAUGAAGGGAUGUACAGCUGGUUUACAUUGAAUCUUCUUCUAAAUAAGCUCUACUCGGAUGAUGCUAUUCAUCCAUAUCACCCCGAGGCAUCUCGAAGUGUUGCUGCUUUCGAUUUGGGAGGUGGUUCAACUCAACUCACUUUUUGGCCUGAAGACAGGCAUAUGUUCGAUUUGUACCCGGAUUACGAGAGGGACAUAAAUUUCUUUGGAUAUCGCAUGCGUUUAUUCACGCACAGCUUUCUCGGUAACGGUCUGGUUGCUGCACGUCUAAAUGUGCUGCUUCAAGAAUCCGGGGAUGAGCACGACAUCAAAAUCGCAGCUCGACUCACCCUGUAUGCCUGCUGGCUUCGAGCUUCCGAACUGGGAGUAUGCUCUCAAAAAGUGGAAGAUCAGUUUCUUUAUGGUGAAAUUCGAUGGAACAACAAAUUUCAGAGUAGUAAAAGGGAUCAUCCAGUUUACUCAUUCACAUCCUGUUAUACCGCCACACGUAAUUUUGUUGAACGAAGCGGUAUUAUGAAGCUAACAGCGCUACGUGGGAAGUUAAUCUACUUGUUCUCAUAUUUUUUCGACCGUGGCCUGAAUGCUGGUCUUGUCAAAGAAAACCAAGGAGGUAAAAUCAAAUUGGAAGAUUUCAAAAGGGCUGCGCAGAAAGCUUGCUUACGAGGACCGGAAGAGUUGAAAGGUUUUCACUGGAUGCCAUGGCAGUGUCACGAUUUAACCUACAUUUAUAGUCUUCUUCAUGAUGGGUAUGGAUUUGAAGACGCACAGCCACUGUUUGUGAGUCAUUAG